AUGUGGCGCCCCAGCGGAUUAACUGUUUUCCUGGCAACAUGCCUUGGUGUGGCUCUCUUGACCACCACCACAACUAACGCCGAGUUUGACUUUCCGGCUGCGAAUUUGAGGUCCAUUCAACGUCAUCUCGUCCGCAUGGGCGAAUUUUUCCCCGUGAACCGUCUUGUCGGCAUGGUUGCCGCCGUAGUUGUCACCUUCACGGAGGCAGGAUUCGGUCAACACUACUUGCUGUUCUUCGGCACGGCUGUACCUGCAGUCGGCUUGGGUUUAUACAUCGCCCAGUCCGUGAACAUGACAGAUAUGCCUCAACUUGUGGCUCUGUUCCAUAGUUUCGUCGGUCUCGCCGCCGUGAUGGUUGGAUUUGCGAAUUUCCACUCGCCCGCCGGAGUUGAGCGCGCCUCAUCUCUCCUUCGCCUCUUGGAAGUUUACGUCGGAGUGUUUGUUGCUGCCAUCACCUUCACAGGAUCCGUUGUCGCUGCCGCCAAGCUCCAUGGAUCGAUGGAAAGCCGCUCCCUGAGAGUCCCCGGUCGUCAUGCACUCAACUCUGCCACCGUUGCUGCCAUCGGUGUCCUUGGCGCUCUUUUCUGCGUUUCCUCUGGCCACUUCACUCGCAUGCUUUGCCUCUAUGUCAACGCUGGUCUGAGCAUGUGGCUUGGUUUCCACCUAGUCGCCGCCAUCGGAGGAGCUGACAUGCCUGUCGUGAUCAGUUUGUUGAACUCGUACUCUGGAGUGGCAUUGGCUGCCAGUGGUUUCAUGUUGGACAACAACUUGUUGAUCAUCGCUGGUGCUCUCAUCGCAUCAUCCGGUGCCAUCCUGUCUUACAUCAUGUGCAAGGGCAUGAACCGGAGUCUCUGGAACGUCGUUCUCGGUGGCUUUGAGGAGGCAGAGGGAGUCGGUGCAGCUGCCCCACAGGGUGCUGUUCAACAGACCAACGCUGAUGAGGUCGCUGAUGAGCUUUUGGCUGCCCACAAAGUCCUGAUCGUGCCUGGAUACGGAAUGGCCGUUGCUAGGUGCCAGAGCGAGCUCGCUGACAUUGCAAAGAACCUGAUGAACUGUGGCAUUAACGUCGAUUUCGGCAUCCACCCAGUCGCCGGUCGCAUGCCAGGCCACAUGAAUGUCUUGCUUGCCGAGGCUGAUGUGCCAUACAAAAUCGUCAAGGAGAUGUCUGAAGUCAACCCUGAAAUGAGCUCAUACGACGUUGUCCUGGUUGUCGGAGCUAACGAUACCGUCAACCCUGCUGCUCUUGAGCCAGGAUCAAAGAUCUCCGGAAUGCCAGUCAUUGAGGCAUGGAAAGCUAGACGCGUAUUUGUCCUGAAGCGUUCCAUGGCAGCUGGAUAUGCCAGCAUUGAGAACCCUCUUUUCCAUUUGGAAAACACCCGCAUGCUCUUCGGGAAUGCAAAGAACACAACCUCUGCUGUGUUCGCCCGUGUCAAUGCGAAAGCUGAACAGAUGCCUGCCUCCGCUGCUCGCGAUGAUCUCGAAGCAGGACUCCUUGAGUUCGAGAGAGAAGAGCGCAUUGAACCCUCUUCAUGGCCUUAUCCUAGACUGGCUGUCGGUGUUCUCAAGGACUCCAACGGUUCCGUCAUGGUGCCCAUUGCCCCGAAGUUUGUUCCCAAGCUCAGAAAGAUGGCAUUCCGUGUCGUCGUUGAAUCUGGUGCUGGUGCGGAUGCCGGCUUCACCGACGAAGAGUACAGAAGAGCUGGAGCCGAGAUUGUCCCCAGCGCCGAAGCAGUCAUCAGCGCAGCUGAAGUUUUGCUCCGUGUGUCACCACCAACACCCGACAUGGUCUCUCGCAUGCCAAGAGACAAGGUUCUGAUCAGUUACCUCUUCCCCAGCGUGUCCGCAAUGCAAGGCCUGCAGGGCUAUCGUGCAGUCAUUGAGGCUUUCAACGCCCUGCCAAAGCUCAGCAAGGCGUCCAUCAGCGCUGCUGGUCGUGUAGAGGCUGCUAAGGUUUUCGUCAUCGGUGCCGGUGUUGCUGGCCUGCAGGCUAUUUCAACUGCCCAUGGAUUGGGUGCCCAAGUUUUCGGUCAUGAUGUGCGCUCGGCAACACGCGAGGAGGUUGAAUCAUGCGGCGGGAAAUUCAUUGGCUUGAGAAUGGGAGAAGAAGCUGAAGUUCUCGGAGGCUAUGCUCGCGAAAUGGGUGAUGCAUACCAGCGGGCCCAGCGCGAAUUGAUUGCAAACACAAUCAAGCACUGCGAUGUUGUCAUAUGUACCGCUGCCAUUCACGGCAAGCCUUCUCCGAAGCUCAUUUCGCGCGACAUGUUGCGCCAAAUGAAGCCUGGCUCUGUAAUUGUUGACCUUGCAACUGAGUUCGGCGACACACGCUCCGGCUGGGGAGGAAAUGUUGAGGUUUCCCCCAAGGAUAGCCAGGUCGUUGUCGACGGCAUCACCGUCAUCGGACGCAGACGCAUAGAAACCCGCAUGCCCGUCCAGGCUUCAGAGCUGUUCUCCAUGAACAUCUGCAACCUCCUCGAAGAUCUAGGUGGUGGCAGCAACUUCCGUGUCAACAUGGACGACGAAGUCAUCAGAGGAUUAGUCGCUGUCUAUCAAGGCCGCAACGUGUGGCAGCCCUCUCCACCCACCCCUGUCUCAAGAACGCCCCCGCGCGUGCCCAUGCCAGGACCUGCACCAAGCGCCCCCGCACCUGGAAAGGCCGGAGGUGCCUUUGCACAAGCCCUAGCUUCAGAUGCAUUCUUUGCCAUGUGCCUAGUUGUUGCCGCCGCUGUUGUCGGGCUCCUUGGAAUUGUUCUCGACCCCAUGGAGCUCAAGCACUUGACUCUCCUUGCCUUGUCUCUCAUCGUCGGUUAUUACUGGUAA